AGAAUGCUGCUUCAUUUUUUGGUCGUAUUUUGUUAAUUUUUGACAAGUUCUCGUUUUAAUUGUUGGUAGUAGUUUAAGUUUUCAAUUUCUGCUGUCCCUGGAGUGUAUACUGGUUGAUUGAUGUGGAACCAUCUUGUGGGUCGUUGAAUGUGUGGUUAAUAAUUAGGUUUUAAUUGAGCAAGUGGACUCUUGAGAACCCCAUAAGCAAAUUUGGAGAUGCAAUCUAAGAAGGAACAGAGAGGGACAAGAUUGUAGAUUUUCUGGGGAGUCCUGCUUGUUUGAUGCGUGCUCGCUUUGGCGCUUAAACGCCAUGGAUGGUAAAUUUGAAGCCCGGCUCAGUGACGACUCAGCUCAUGAUGCUAAAGACAAAGUACUGAUCCCAAAUUGUUUCACCUCAGGGGGAAUUAGGUUUCAUCCUGGUGUAGAGGCCUUGUCGAGCAUAGAAGAUAGAGACCCAUCAGGCAAUGCUUCAGAGUCUGGAAGUUGUAAUGCUCCAUUGGAGAAAAAGGAUGCUAUGAAAGUGUGGCAAGACAUGAAACAGAAUGGUUUCCUCUCGCUACCUGCAUGCAAACCAGCUCCAAGAAAGGAUGUCACGAAGCACAAACAUGACAUGGCUAGUAGAAAAAAGAAGUUUGCAAAGAUAGAACAGGUUAACAGGUUCACUAAGGUUGCUGCUGCACCAAGUGGGUUGCUGGGAGAACUGAACCCUGGGAUCAUAAACCGCUUAAGAAACAGUAAUCAGGUCUAUUCAAUAAUUGAGGCCUUGGUUAGAGGUGAAAAGUUAGAAAAUACUCAAAGCAUGCAGAAAAGCCGGUUUAAAAAGGAAAUUAGGGAUAAUGAUGCGAAUGAACGUUUCAAUACUCUAUCAAGGGGCAGUCAAGUCAGUGCACACCUUAUGUACCCCAGUAGGCCUGUGCAUAUCAAUUCAGAACACAAAGGAGGGGUGAUUUGUGAUUUGAGUGUAGCGGUGAGAAAGGGUGAAUAUCAUGGGGAUGAAAAACAUGAAGUAAGGUCAUGGUCGUCUGAAACAACGGCUUCAGAGAAUGCGGAAUCUGAUUAUGAAACCGUGUCAACAGAUAAUACAAGUUCUCAGGAAGAGUCAUCAGAGAAUGCAAUGGAUUCUCCUUUUAACCCCAAAGCAUUAAGGUGUAGUAGGAUGAGGGUUCAGGAUGUACUCCAAAAAGAACUGCCUUUUCUAUUAUCAAAAGAGUUCUCAACUAUCAAAAAAGAUGACCAAUUCUCUGCUGCUGAAUAUCCCGCGAGUAUAAUUGCUUGCACGCAUCAAGAAAAGUGGACUGCACUGUUUGAUCAGAUGGAUGAAGCACUUGAUGCGGAAAUGAAUCAUCUAGAGAUCUGGUUGAACCAAGUAGAAGAAAUGCAGUUCCUCGGGUAAUGCAUGCCGCAUUUCAAUUGUUAUGCAAGACAUAAGAUCAGCACCAGGCAUAUCAGAGUGUUAUACCACCUGCUGCUUUUUUACUUUUGCAAUUGACUGUUGUAAUCAGUGAAGCUAUUUGCUUGAGGUUCCUAAAGUAUUGUUCUUAUAUGUCCAAACCAUUUACAAACAUUCAUGUGCUACUGUGCAAGUCUGUCUGGACUGCCAACUCUUUCAUUAAGAGUUCUUCAUGAAAUUCAUGUUCCAUGCUCA